CUGAUCCCACAUUACACACAACAGUCAUCACAACAACACAUCGCUGUUAGCCAUGGAUUCAAUGGAAGAGCCGUUUAUGGAGUCUUCGCAGCCGUCGGUUGUCUCCAAAUUCUUCACAAGUCUUUCGCAACGUUACCAAAGCCUAUUGGACACCUGGACGCCUCAUAUCGCCUAUCGAUGGGUAUUCACAGCGAUAGUGUUCCUCGCGUUUAUGGGCCGACACAUGAUUAAGUAUCGAUACCUUCCGUGGACUCAUGGAAAGACCAAAUACCAGGGAAAGGAAGACUCGGGAAAAGUCUAUACAAAGUGAGCUCAAAAUAGGAUUAUUCGCUCAAUUGUGCCGACGUGAUCCUAUCGUAACACAAGAAUUAUAAUUAUUGUCUAAUUGUGUUGAGAAAUGGCUCCUAAGUUAUGGUAAAUGAUUGUCCGGCAGUUGUGUUGACAAAUCUAAUAAUUUUAAAUCACAUUUUUAUGUCUAAUA